UAACAUUUUUAUUAGCUUAUGACAGCAAAGAACUGUUGUUAAUUAAGAGACCACUUAAGUUUUUUAAUUUAAAAGUUUCUCUGAUUUUGCUAUUUAUAGGUUUAUGUUUGAGUAAAAUGAACAUUGUAGUUUUAUUCUAUAAACUACAGACAACAUUUCUCCCAAAAUCUUAAAUAAAAAUAUUUUCAUUUAGAGCAUUUAUUUACAGAAAAUGAGAAAUGUCUGAAAUAACAAACAAACAAAAAAAAGAUGCAGAGCUUUCAGACCUCAAAUAAUGCAAAGAAAACAAGUUCAUAUUCAUAAAGAGUUUUAAGAGUUCAGAAAUAAUCAAUAUUUGGUGGAAUAACCCUGGUGGUUUUUAAUCACAGUUUUUUUUUCAUGCAUCUUGGCACCAUGUUCUCCUCCACCAGUCUUACACACUGCUUUUGGAUAUCUUUAUGCUGCUUUACUCCUGGUGCAAAAAUUAAUUCAAGCAGUUCAGUUUGGUGGUUUGAUGGCUUGUGAUCAUCCAUCUUCCUCUUGAUUAUAUUCCAGAGGUUUUCAAUUCAGUAAAAUCAAAGAAACUCAUCAUUUUUAAGUGGUUUCUUUUUUUUUUCCAGAGCUGUAUGUGUUUAAAAAAAAAACAUAUACAGUAUCAUUUGAGGUCAGUGCUGUCUCUACACUUUUAAUGUACAGUCUUUAGAAAAGUUCAGCAUCAUACCUGCUGCUGUUUUGCAUAAUGAACCGGUUUUACUGGUUUAUUUAUCUCUGCUGUUUUUCUAACCUAUUCAAAUGCACCUGUUUCCCUCUUCCUCGUUUACCUGCGUCUCUGUUUUAACCUGAUCUGAGUUCAGGUUAAUAAUUAUCUCUAGACUGAAACAGAAGGGUGUUGGUUCCACCAUGAGUAAACAAGAGCUACAGAUCCACUGUUCUCUCAGCGGAAUCAACGGUUUACAGACAAUCAGGUCCAGUUCACCUGAUCCCAGUGGAGUGUCUCUGAGAAGUGAUAGAUCCAUGCAGAAUCCAAUCCAGUUAAAACCAGAGAAAAGGUCCAGUUCACCUGAUCCCAGUGGAGUGUCUCUGAGAAGUGAUAGGUCCAUGCAGAAUCCAAUCCAGUUAAAAACAGGGAAAAGGUCCAGUUCACCUGAUCCCAGUGGAGUGUCUCUGAGAAGUGAUAGAUCCAUGCAGAAUCCAAUCCAGUUAAAAACAGAGAAAAGGUCCAGUUCACCUGAGCCCAGUGGAGUGUCUCUGAGAAGUGAUAGAUCCAUGCAGAAUCCAAUUCAAUUAAAAACAGAGAAAAGGUCCAGUUCACCUGAUCCCAGUGGAGUGUCUCUGAGAAGUGAUAGAUCCAUGCAGAAUCCAAUCCAGUUAAAACCAGAGAAAAGGUCCAGUUCACCUGAGCCCAGUGGAGUGUCUCUGAGAAGUGAUAGGUCCAUGCAGAAUCCAAUCCAGUUAAAAGAUAAACCUUCAGUACCAGAGAAAAGUUUUCAGCUGAAAAGAUCAAGUUCAUCACCCCCAAGUGGGGUAUCUCUGAAGAGUGAUGAGUCCAUGCAGACACCCAUUCCAUUAAAUGGAAAACCUGUAAAACUUGUGGCACCACAAAAACAUUCACAGCUGAAAAGAUCUAAUUCAUCUGUGCCAAGAGUUGCGUCUCUGACGAGUUCAGAACAUUUUCUCCCAGAAGAAAGAUAUGAGUCAGGCACCUUGGGACUAACAAGCAAAAAAUUGAAAAAGAUUCUUGCUGAAAGGUGUCAGAGUUUAUUUGAGGGAACAGCAGAGCAAGGAAACCCAGUACUUCUCAACGAGAUCUUCACAGAACUGUACAUAACAGAGUACAUGAAUGAAGAGCUCCUCAUUUAUCAUGAAGUAGAUCAAAUUGAGGCAAACUUGAAGAUCGGAACAAAUGACCAUCAAAUCAAAUGCAACAAUAUCUUUAGACUCUUACCUGGACAAAAUCAAGCCAUCAGGACAGUGCUGACUAAGGGAGUGGCUGGCAUUGGUAAAACCGUCUCAGUGCAGAAGUUCAUGCUGGAUUGGGCUGAAGGAAAGGCCAAUCAGGACAUCCACUUUAUUUUCCCACUUCCUUUCAGGGAGAUUAAUACAAUGAGAGACCAAAAACACAGUCUAAAUGACCUGCUUCAGCAUUUUUUCAUGGAAAGAAUUGAUGCAAGUUCAAACCAAAUCGCCAACCGUUCCCUUGUUUUCAUUUUGGAUGGUCUGGAUGAGUGUCGGCUUCCUUUGGACUUCCAGAACAAUGAGAGUUUAUCGGAUCCUACAAAAGAAACUCAAGUAGAUACACUUUUAACAAACCUAAUCAAGGGAAAUCUGCUUCCUUCUGCAAAAAUCUGGAUAACUUCUCGACCAGCUGCUUCUGGACUCAUCCCUACUGACUGUAUCAAUCGAAUCACGGAGGUUCGAGGAUUUGAUGAACCACAGAAGGAAGAAUAUUUCAGGAAGAGGAUCAGUGAUCAAAGUCUGGCCAGUAGAAUCGUUACCCACUUGAAGUCGUUGAGGAGCCUCUACAUCAUGUGCCACAUACCAGUCUUCUGCUGGAUGGCAGCCACUGUCCUAGAGAGAAUGGUGGUCGAGAGUGGGUGGGAUAAGAUCCCGAAGACUUUAACGCAGAUGUACACAUACUUCCUGAUUACGCAGAUUCACAGGAAAAAGGAAAAGUACUCUGAAAGCAAAGUCACAGAUGAAGAGAUGGUUGUCAAACUUGGGAAGUUGGCAUUUGAGCAGCUCAAUAAAGGCAACCUGAUCUUCUAUGAGGAAGAUCUCAGAGAGUGUGGUAUCGAUGUCAAAGAGGCAUCUGUGUACUCUGGAGUGUUCACACAGAUCUUCAGGGAAGAUUUUGGACUUUUCCAGAAGAAAGUAUUCAGCUUUGUGCAUAUGAGCAUUCAGGAACACCUCGCAGCGAUGUACGUGUUCUUGUGCUUUCACAACCACAACCAAAAUGUGCUCGAUCCUCAAAAGACCAGUAAACAUGAGAAACCUGUGACACUGCUUAACUUGCUGAAGACUGCAGUUGAUAAAGCCUCAGAGAAUACAAGUGGUCAACUGGACCUUUUCCUCCAGUUUCUCAUAGGCUUCGCACUGGAGUCCAAUCAGAUCAUCAUACAAGACCUGCUGGUGCAGAGAAAAGCUAAUCCCCAGGAAAUAAAAGACACCAUUGACUAUCUGAAAAUAAAAAUCAGAGAAACACAUUGUGCCCGGUAUUCAAUCAAAUACUUCCACUGUCUGAAUGAACUCAAUGAAUCCUCUCUCGUGGAUGAAAUCAAAACCUUCUUGAAGAGCCAAACACGAAAUGAGGACAAUCUCUCUCAUGAACUCUGGUCAGCCUUAGUAUUCAUGUUAAUGACGUCUGAAGAAAAGUCUGAUGUGUUCGAGCUUAGAAAUUAUGGAAAGUCAGACAAGGCUCUUAUCAGCCUACUUCCAGUAAUCAGUUUGUACAGGGAAGUCAGGCUGAAUAACUGCAUGAUCACAGUGAAAGGUUGUGCAUCACUUGCUAUCAUUUUAUUUAAAAUGAAAGCCAUGAAAGAGCUGGACCUCAGUCACAACAAUUUACAAGAUUCUGGAGUAAAGAUGCUCUGUACUGGAAUCCAAGCUGACACUCUGGAAAAAAUGAGGACAAAUCGCACAACUGCAGAAAAACUUAAUUUUCUUCCUUCAGUUUUGGCCUUAAAUUCAUCCAACAGGGAGGAGAACCUGGUGUGGGACAGUGCAUCAGAAAAAAUCUACAAUUUAAUAGAGAUAUUUCCUAUGAAAGAGUUCCCAGGACUGCAGGGCACAGUGUGUAACAUAAAAAGCCUAAGGCUGAAUAAGUGUGGUGUGACCAGUGUGGGCUGCAAUUUUCUGGCAUUGGUUUUAAAGUCAAACUCCUUAAACAUACAAGAACUCGAGCUAAGCCAGAACAGCAUAGGAGACUCAGGAGUGAAAGUGCUUGCUGAUGCUUUGAAGAAAUCUUCAUGUAAACUGGACACACUAAAAUUGGAUGAGUGUAAAAUCACAGAGCAUGGAUGUGCAGGACUGGCUUCAGCAAUACAGGGAAAUUCAGCAUUGAAAACCUUAUCCCUGUGUAACAAUGCGUUACAAGAUUCAGGAGUGAAGCUGCUGGCUGCUGGACUGAGGAGUUCACACUGUAAACUCGAAACAUUGGGGAUCUCCAACUGCAACCUUAGAUUGGAAGGUUUUGCAACACUAGCAUCAGAAAUCAGAGCAAAUCCUUCUCAACUAAGAGUUUUGGACCUGAGCAGAAACAGACCAGGAGACCUGGGAGUUAAACUGCUCUUUGCUGCUCUGGAGGAAACACACUGUAGACUUGAGACAAUAAAGUUAAGAGAGUGUGGCAUCACAGAGAACAGCUGUGCAGCUCUGGCCUCAGCUCUCAGCUCAGAGGCUUCGUGUCUGAGAGAGCUGGAUCUGAGUGGGAACAAUUUCAAGGAUUCAGGAGCGAAGCUGAUUUCUGUUGGACUGGGGAGUCCACACUGUAGACUUCAACAACUCAUGUUGUGCAGUUGCCAUGUCGGGGAAGAAGGAUACGCUGCCCUGACCGAAGCAAUGAAAUCGAAUCCCUCUCUCCAGAAAGAGUGCAGACUAAUUACUGAUGAGCCUGGAGACUCCAGAUUGCAGCAGUUGUGUGAUAUUGGAUAGUAACUGGGUUGUUCUUUGCAUAAAACAAAAGAGGACAGUUGCUGUAGGUCUCUAAUGGCUAACAAGCCAAUAAAACACAAGCAAUUCUAAAAUGUUUUGACCAUGCUUCCAUAGAAUAGUUGCUUUAUUCUGAAUUUAGUGAAUAUUUCCAUGUUGGAACCAUGUGGUGAUGCAACUGCAUGCAGGCAAACCAAUGCUAAACUCCAUGCGAUGCUAUAAUAAAUGACAGCAUUCUAAUGUGGACCUUAACUUUUGCAUAAUUUCAGUACUGAUAAGAAAGAUGAUGUCAAACUGUAUGUGGGUGGAGUGGUCCAGUGGUUAACACACUGUCACUAUGAUCUGAGAAUUGCUGUUCAAAUCCCAUUCCAUGAUGUUGGUGAAAACAGGCAUUUGUUGGAAGAUAUAUGAGAGCUGUGGAUCCAGCACUUUCCUCUCAGUGUGUUGGCUGCCUACCAUUCGCAGGAGAUGAAAAAGAGGCGGAGUCUUUACAACUUCACCUGUAUCAGAGAAGGCAUGCACUAGUCUUUACCCUCCUAGGGUUGGGCACAGUGCUAUUGAUAGGGAGAUUGGCAACACCUUAUAUUUAUAUGGCCAAUUCUAAAAUGUUGUGUACUGUACUGGUAUACUUUUCACAUGCAGUAUAUAUUCAAUAUUGCUUUAUAGUGCAUUAUAAUGCACAUAAUGCUUGUGUUACGAAGCCCCUAUGUCCAGUAGGUACCCUCCAUAUGAAGUGGUACUAAACAAUGUCUGUUAGAAAUAUGUCUUUAAAGAACCUUUUAAAGGUUCUUGUAAAGUUUCCAUCACCAACAAAUCAACCAGCACCACUUGGUUCUUACAAAAAUGUUCUUUAUAAAACCAAACAUGAUUCUUCUGUGGGUUCACUCACAGAAACAUUUGAAGUACUUUUAUUUAUAUAAAUGUAGAGUCAAAAUGAUGCACUUCUGUUUAUAUACCGUUAUAUAUAGAUGAUUUACUUGUAUAAAUAUAGCUUUUCUGUAAAAAAGGAAAAGCAGUCUAUUUUGUAUGUUUUCCAAACAUGCUGCACUUCAGUUUCAUAGUAGAUUUUGUUGUUACAUUAUUGUACUU